CUAUUUUCACAUAUCUCAGCUCACUACUUGAUGGGGAUGGGCAAAACAUAAUUGCACAAAAGCUUCCCAAAGUUGGCGGAUCAGAUGCGACGACGUGGGAAAUUUCUCUUCCAAUUCAGUCAAAAUCAUGCUCUUCAAAAAAAGAACAGCUUAUGCAACUAAUUGACCAGCUAUUGAGCUCUGAUAUGGAAAAUAGCCUACUCGUAUCUCAUAAUGCUCGAAAACUCCUUGAGGCAAUAUCAACACAACUAAAAGAAUGUCAAGAUCUUCCCUCAGAAUCUUCAUUACCAUCAUCACCUAUCACAAAUAUCGGAAAAUCAGAAUAUGAACGACUAAGAAUAUCGACAUAUAAGAGCAAAAGUUCAAAGGGAAAUUCUCCGCAGGAAUUUUCGGCAGGCACUAAUCUCAAUCAGAUACCUUCACCGUGCUCCUCGGUCUCGCCAGCCUCUUCUCCAAAAGCAAAAAAAUAUGUUGCACUUUACGACUCCACUGCAGAGUCUCAUGAUGAACUCUCCUUUUGUAAGGGAGACCAAUUCGAGGCCUUGCCAAGCAACUCUUCUGAAGAUCAGGAAGAGUGGCUAUAUGUGCUUCACCUUUACACAGGCCUUCGCGGAUACGUUCCUGCAACCUAUGUCAGCCAGAUCUGA